GAGAGAGAGAGAGAGAGAGAGAGAGAGAGAGAGAGAGAGAGACGGCAAAGCAGCUCCAGACUUCCCAUCUCGCUCACGUCAGAGGCAGGAACCAACUGUGUUAAAGCUGUUGGCUCAACACGCAGAGAUAGGAGCAGACCCAGAGAGAGGGAGAGAGAGAGGAGGGGGGUCUUUCCUGACCCAAGGAAUUGCCACUAGUGGAGUAAAGCCACCUGACUUUUUGAUCUUAUUUUGGUUGUCUCUUCUUUCUCCUUCCACUCGCAGCCCUGCUGUAGAGCCUCCUCUCAGAAAGGGAGGAAGGGAAAAAACGGAGACCGGUGGGCUCUUAGGUGAGAGCAUCAGCUGGCUCCAGCCCUGAGAGACAAGAAUUCUCUUCGCAAGAAGCUGCUCUCCCUCCUGGCUGCCACCCCCUGCCCUGGAAUUUAUAUCGUCCUUACGGUACAGAGAACAGAUAUCUUUUGGAGUUAGGCUUAAAGAAAGCGUGGUCAAGAGAAUACAUCAGAAACACCAUCACAAAAGGCUCCUUCCACUCCAUGCUGCGCACUGCAGGCUGCUCCUGAACUGAGCCCAAGCAGACAGGAGACGAUGGGCACAGACGGGGACACAGUGGUCCUGAAGAACAUGCUCCUUGGUGUCAAUUUGAUCCUGCUGGGCUCCAUGCUCAAGCCCUCAGAGUGCCAGCUGGAGGUGACCACAGAAAGGGUCCAGAGACAGGCAGUAGAGGAGGAAGGAGGCGUUGGCAACUACAGCACAUCCAGUAAAGAGCAACCCAUGGUCUUCAACCACGUGUACAACAUUAAUGUGCCCCUGGACAGCCUCUGCUCCUCAGGGCUGGAGGCUUCGGCUGAGCAGGAGGUGAGUGCGGAAGACGAGGCUGUAGCAGAGUACACAGGCCAGACCUCAGACCACGAGAGCCAGGUCACCUUCACCCACAAGAUCAACCUCCCCAAAAAGGCCUGCCCAUGUGCCAGCUCAGGCCACGUGCUACGCGAGCUACUGAGCCGGAUCGAGAUGCUGGAGAGGGAGGUGUCAGUGCUGCGGGACCAGUGCACCAGCAACUGCUGCCAGGAAAGCGCCGCCACAGGACAACUGGACUAUAUCCCUCACUGCAGUGGCCAUGGCAACUUCAGCCUCGAAUCCUGUGGCUGCAUCUGCAACGAAGGCUGGUUUGGCAAGAACUGCUCGGAACCCUACUGCCCAAUGGGCUGCUCCAGCAGGGGGGUGUGUGUGGAUGGUCAGUGCAUCUGUGACAGCGAAUACAGCGGGGACGACUGCUCUGAGCUCCGGUGCCCGACAGACUGCAGCUCCCGGGGGCUCUGCGUGGACGGAGAGUGUGUCUGUGAAGAGCCCUACAUGGGCGUGGACUGUGGGGAGCUGAGGUGCCCCGGGGACUGCUCGGGGAAGGGGAGAUGUAUCAAUGGCACCUGUUUAUGCCAGGAAGGCUACGUUGGUGAGGACUGCGGACAGCAGUGGUGCCUGAAUGCGUGCAGUGGGCGAGGACCAUGCCAGGAGGGGCUCUGUGUCUGUGAAGAAGGCUUCCAGGGCCCGGACUGCUCAGCAGUUGCCCCUCCAGAGGACUUGCGAGUGGCUGGUAUCAGCGACAGGUCCAUUGAGCUGGAAUGGGACGGGCCGAUGGCAGUGACGGAAUAUGUGAUCUCUCACCAGCCGACGGCCCUGGGGGGCCUCCAGCUCCAGCAGCGGGUGCCUGGAGAUUGGAGUGGUGUCACCAUCACGGAGCUGGAGCCAGGUCUCACCUACAACAUCAGCGUCUACGCUGUCAUUAGCAACAUCCUCAGCCUUCCCAUCUCUGCCAAGGUGGCCACCCAUCUCUCUACUCCUCAAGGGCUUCAAUUCAAGACCAUCACAGAAACCACCGUGGAGGUGCAGUGGGAGCCCUUCUCCUUUUCCUUUGAUGGUUGGGAGAUCAGCUUCAUUCCAAAGAACAAUGAAGGAGGAGUGAUUGCCCAGCUCCCCAGCGAUGUUACCUCCUUUAACCAGACAGGACUGAAGCCCGGGGAGGAGUACAUUGUCAACGUGGUAGCCCUGAAGGAGCAGGCACGGAGCCCGCCCACCUCGGCCAGCGUGUCCACAGUCAUUGAUGGGCCUACACAGAUCCUGGUGCGAGAUGUCUCUGACACAGUGGCCUUUGUGGAGUGGACCCCUCCUCGUGCCAAAGUUGAUUUCAUUCUCCUGAAAUAUGGCCUUGUGGGUGGGGAAGGUGGGAAAACCACCUUUCGGCUGCAGCCCCCCCUAAGCCAAUACUCAGUGCAAGCCCUGCGGCCUGGCUCCCACUAUGAGGUGUCCAUCAGUGCAGUCCGAGGGACCAAUGAGAGCAAGUCUACAACCACCCAGUUCACCACAGAGAUUGAUGCUCCCAAGAAUUUGCGAGUUGGUUCCCGCACAGCAACCAGCCUUGACCUUGAGUGGGAUAACAGUGAGGCAGAAAUUCGGGAGUACAAGGUUGUGUACAGCACGCUGGCAGGGGAGCAAUACCAUGAGAUGCUGGUCCCCAAGGGCAUUGGUCCCACCACCAGAGCCACCCUCACAGAUCUGGUACCUGGCACUGAGUAUGGAGUUGGAAUAUCUGCCGUCAUGAACUCACAGCAAAGCGUGCCAGCCACCAUGAAUGCCAGGACUGAACUUGACAGUCCCCGAGACCUCAUGGUGACGGCCUCCUCAGAGACCUCCAUCUCCCUCAUCUGGACCAAGGCCAGUGGCCCCAUUGACCACUACCGGAUUACCUUUACACCAUCCUCUGGAAUUGCGUCAGAAGUCACUGUGCCCAAGGACAGGACUUCCUAUACACUGACAGACCUGGAGCCUGGGGCAGAGUACAUUAUUUCUGUUACCGCUGAGAGGGGUCGGCAGCAGAGCUUGGAAUCCACUGUGGAUGCCUUCACAGGCUUCCGUCCCAUCUCCCAUUUGCACUUUUCUCAUGUGACGUCCUCUAGUGUCAACAUUACCUGGAGUGACCCAUCUCCCCCAGCAGACAGACUCAUUCUAAACUACAGUCCCCAGGAUGAAGAGGAAGAAAUGAUGGAGGUCUCCUUGGAUGCCACCAAGAGGCAUUUUGUCCUGAUGGGUUUACAGCCAGCCACUGAGUAUAUUGUCAACCUGGUGGCUGUCCAUGGCACAGUGACUUCUGAGCCCAUCAUAGGCUCCAUCACCACAGGAAUCGAUCCCCCCAAAGACAUCACAAUCAGCAAUGUGACCAAGGACUCAGUGAUGGUCUCCUGGAGUCCUCCUGUUGCACCUUUUGACUAUUACCGAGUAUCGUAUCGACCCACCCAAGUGGGAAGGCUGGACAGCUCAGUGGUGCCCAACACUGUGACAGAAUUCACCAUCACCAGGCUGUACCCAGCAACUGAAUAUGAAAUCAGUCUCAACAGCGUGCGGGGCAGGGAGGAGAGUGAGCGUAUCUGUACCCUCGUGCACACAGCCAUGGAUAACCCUGUGGAUCUGAUUGCUACCAACAUCACCCCAACAGAAGCCCUGCUGCAGUGGAGGGCACCUGCAGGGGAAGUGGAGAACUAUGUCAUUGUGCUCACACAUUUCACAGUUGCUGGAGAAACCAUCUUGGUUGAUGGACUCAGCGAGGAAUUCCAGCUUGUGGACCUGCUUCCGAGUACCCACUAUACUGUCACCAUGUAUGCCGCCAGUGGACCUCUGACCAGUGGCACCAUCAGCACCAACUUCUCUACCCUCCUGGACCCUCCAGCAAACUUGACUGCCAGUGAAGUCACCAGACAGAGUGCACUGAUCUCUUGGCAGCCUCCCAGGGCAGACAUUGAGAAUUACAUUCUGACCUACAAAUCUACCGAUGGAAGCCGAAAAGAGCUGAUUGUGGAUGCAGAGGACACCUGGAUCCGAUUGGAAGGCCUGUUGGAAAACACGGAUUACACAGUGCUCCUGCAGGCGGCUCAGGAUGCCCUGCGGAGCAGCCUCACCUCCACGGCUUUCACCACAGAGGGCCGAGUGUUUGCUCAUCCUCAAGACUGCGCCCAGCAUUUGAUGAAUGGAGACACUUUGAGCGGAGUUUACACCAUCUUUUUCAAUGGAGAGCUCAGCCAGAAGUUGCAAGUAUACUGUGACAUGACUACGGAUGGGGGCGGCUGGAUUGUAUUCCAGAGACGUCAGAAUGGCCAAACUGAUUUCUUUCGGAAAUGGGCUGAUUACCGCGCUGGCUUUGGGAACCUGGAGGAUGAGUUUUGGUUAGGGCUGGACAACAUCCACAGAAUCACAGCCCAGGGCCGCUAUGAGCUGCGCGUGGAUAUGCGGGAUGGGCAGGAGGCCGCCUUCGCCCACUACGACAAGUUCUCUGUGGAAGACAGCAGAAGCCUGUACAAACUCCGCCUAGGAAGCUACAACGGCACUGCAGGAGACUCCCUUAGCUAUCACCAGGGACGCCCUUUCUCCACACAGGACAGAGACAAUGACGUUGCUGUUACCAACUGUGCCAUGUCUUACAAGGGCGCCUGGUGGUACAAGAACUGCCACCGGACCAAUCUCAAUGGGAAGUACGCGGAGUCCAGGCACAGCCAGGGGAUCAACUGGUACCACUGGAAAGGCCAUGAGUUCUCCAUACCCUUCGUGGAAAUGAAGAUGCGCCCCUACAACCACCGUCUCUCAUCGGGAAGGAAACGGCGGGCCUUACAGUUCUGAGCAGUGCACAGUCACAAGCCAAAUGAGUUUUUCUGUCAUUUGUUUGUAUUUUAUAAUAUGAUACAAGGGGGGAGGGUGAUAGCAACGUGAUUUGCAGUGUAUUAAGGGUCUCUGAAGGAAGCGGGGCUGUGGCAGGGGCCAGCUAAUUACUGUCUGCUGUAUUCUGCUGCUCAGAGCCUGGCCCCAGGCUGCACCCUCCCUCCUAACCCAUCAUCCCUAACAUUCCCCUCCUUUCCCACCAAGGAGGAAAAGUGGGACAUUCGCUUCAAUGACCAGUUCAAAGACAAGUCACGGAAUACAACUGUUAGGGUGAUAGUGCGCACCUUCUUUUUCUACUCUCUCAUGAUGCCUCCACCUACCAGGUAUUGCUGAUCUGGUCAGUGCCCUUGAUGAUCAGGUAGUCACACCAGCUCAGAGAAGAAGUCUUAGCAAAAGAGUCCGGCCAACAAAGCCCCUAAGAGGGAAACAAUCAACCACACCCUUACCCAACAGCCCAUGUUCUUUGGAAGGGACCAAAGUUCUCAUUUCUGAGGCUCUUACCUUUCCAGAGUGUGGGGGCCUUUUUCUAGCCAUGCUCAAUCUUUUGCCUAAUUUCUUUCUACAUUCAGGCCUACAGUCUCAUCUGGUUCCCAGGAUGUUGCCUGCCACUGGCCCUGGGUUAUGCAGCAGCUGCAUCCUUGUGGGUCUCAAGCCACAUCCCCUCCCUCAGGGCAGCCAGCCAGUGACUUUCUUCAGGGGUGGGCUGGGAAGAUGGCUUUUGUCUGUAGCACUUUGGGUCAAGCUCUGAGGAAAAGACAGAAGAAGCAGAAAUAAGGGCAUCGGCCACAGAGAUAAGUCCCAUGGAAAACAGAGAUCUUACCCGUUUCCAUUUUUGUUCUGCUUUGUCACGGAUUAUUUUGCAGAAUUUGCAAACUAAUGGCCUUGUUUCUGUCAUCAGCCAGGUUCUCCUUGGUGUAGGCGAUUUAAUAAGUCAGAAGAAGUAGUUCUAUGACCAGUGAGCCAUUUUCUUAUUAACAGUCCUGGGAGGAGAUGGAAUAUUUGCUUUGAGGGCUUUUUUUUUUUUUUAAAUUUGGUCCUGUGGAAAACAGAAAUGACCCCUUAAUGAGGUGAGAUCAUGAGACGCCUUUCUCCAUCUUCUUUUAUUAUCCUGCUUUUGAAAGGAAAAAUGAAAAGUGCUGGAGGAAAUUACAUCCAGAACCCAAAGGUGAAAAGGGAGGACUGUGGGCCUGUCCCCAAAGUUAUGAGAUGUGCUGUCCCUGCCAGCGUGAUUGGAUUUUUAAGCCCAGGGUUCUCAAAAGUUCUGACCUUUCAACUUCUCCUUCAAACCAAAUGUCAGCUGCAACCCUCCUGCAGGAACCAUCCAGAUUCAUGCCCACAGCUGCCCUCUCCCUUUCUUCUCCAAUUGCCCAGGACUCCUAUUCUGUUUCCUGUAGGGACCAUGUGUGCCAAACUGGGGCUUCUGUGCCUUUGCCAACCAGUAACUAGACGAGCCUGAGAUGGGUGAUUUUCUAAUGGAAACGCCCACCCUCUGAACAAAGUUUAACAAGCAGGAAGGGACAGUCCCUAGGCCUGACAACUGCACUUCUGGAGUGUGAGGAUACAGUCAGUCUGCCGUUUUCUGUAGAUACUGUCUUCUAGUAGUGUCCAGUGAGACCUCAUCUACCACGUGCCUGGAUCAAAAGAGGGAGCUGGUACUUUUAUUUUUCAGUUCAUAGUAUGCUUCAAAAAACUAGAAGAAAGAGGAAGAAAGAGAAGCCUGUGUAUUAAAAAGAUUUAGCUAGAGCCUGGGACAAGUUUGAAGGAAGGAAGUGUACGGAAUGAGGAACUCUGCAUUAUGCUACCGUGUGGCUCUGGGUAGGUUGUUUUACCUCUCUUGGCUGCAGUAUCCUUUCCUAUUGGAUGAGACAUUAGACUAGAAUAAUUUCUAAUUUCUCUUUCAGUUCUAGCAUCAGUAAUGAUUGUCUAUGGUGUGAAAAUCAGUGGAAAUGUGCGUCCAUGAGAGGACUCAAUUAGGUCAUGUGUGGAAAGAACAGAAGGAAAGGAGAAGGGAGGGAAAGAGAAACUGAUUCAAAAGUCUGAAGAGAGAGAGAGAGAGAGAGAGAGAGAGAGAGAGAGAGAGAGAGAAGAUAAUGCCAAGGAAGAGGUUGAAGCAUAUAUACCUACAGAAGCAAUUCCAGGGACCUGGGUGUGCCAGGACUGCCCACCUCAGCCAUGGAGCUGAAAUGGAACUUGAUUGUAUGUCAUCAGUUUAAGAGAAAGUCAACAAACAUCAGUGUAAACCAAAGUCUGCCUUUCAUAGGAACUGGGUUACCCUAUGGAGAAUUUUCAUAAAUAGACUCAGCAGCAUUCCCUCAUUCAUUUUAGAGAAUUUUGUUGAGUAGAUUCUUUUUGUUGAGUGAAGUACCUUUCUCCUGAGGUGAGUUUUUUAGUUUUUGUUGCUAUUAGUGUUCUUGUUGGUUUUCUGUUUUGUUUUGUUUUAGUCAUUUUUGGAGGACUGUUCUAUGUCUUCCCAAGGCCCAGGGUCAAUUGACUCAUUUAACUUCUGUCCUGAGCCUCCCAGAUGAUGCUUGCUUGUUCUCUCCCUCAAGUACCUGUCCUUUUCCCGGGAAAGAUAUCAGAGAGAGGCAAGGAUACCAAAGGGUCCCUUGAGGGACUUGGGAGGAAAAGCAAUGGACCCUGCCAUAAAGGCAGUCUAAUGAAAUCAGAAUAUAUACUUAUACCAAAAAAAAAAAAAAAAAAAAAAAAAGGUACCAAAAAAUCAAAACCAACUACCAGUGACUACAGUAGACUCACUGCCAGACUCAGGCAGUUUCUCCUUUUUGCGCUUCGUAUCAUAUAAGUAUUGUUUCCAAUAUAUUAAAUUCAUAUUCUCCAGGGUUACUUCUGGAAGGAAAAGAGUCAGAUAUAAAAAUGACAAUAAAUGGUGGCCAUUAGAACAGAUUUAACAGAUGGAGAGGGAACCUACUAAAAGUGACCACAAGGUGGCGCGCACAACACCUCCAGAGACGCAGGGAAACACUGCAAUAACCCCUGGGCCCUACAGUUUUCUGGGAGACCUAGUUGCAAACCACAAAUGAAGACUGAUCUGUGUGAGGGAUAAAUCUGUAAGAGGACAGUAACAAAAUGGCGGCAAAGAGAUGAAGAGUAAACUUCCAUGAACAUUUAAACCAACUCUUUCCCUCACCCACCCUAUUCCACCAUUCAUAAGGUAAUGGCCAUCAGACACCUUUUUCCUUCUCCAGGAGAACCAUCCAGCUCCAUGUGAAACUGCUGUUUGAAAGUCAAAGGCCCAAGGUUUCCAAUGGGUCCCAUGCCAAACCAAACGAUCCUAUACAUUUUUACUUUUAAUAUUUACUUCAAGAGCAACGUUAUAAAUUAAGGAACCAGAGGUCAUUGCAGAGUCUUGUCAAAGACCUCUUUAUAAAGCACCCAUUGAGAAAGGGUAUAUGAGCUCCUCUCUGUCCCUUUCUCUGGAGAAACAGAAAUGGAACCUGUGAGAACAGUGCAUACGUCAAGCUCAAGGGUUUGAAAAGAGACCAGCCAGUGACCCGGAUUUGCAAAUGCAUGGGCAUGGGUCUCUCUCUCUCUCUCUCUCUCUCUCUCUCUCUCUCUCUCUCUCUCCUCUCUCUCUCUCUCUCUCUCUCUCUCUCUCUCUCUCUCUCUCCCCCAUUUCCUCCUUCCCUUCCCCUCUCCUUUCCUCUCUCCUUUCCUCUCUCCACCCAGAAUUUCAGGAAAUGUGAGCCACUUACCCAGGCUGUGUUAUUUUCUGUACUUUGCUUUCUUAUCACCGAACUCCUAUUCGGUCUAAUUCCCUAAUUCCAUUUCUUUCCUUCCAAAACAGAGGAAAAUGGGGGUGAGGAGGUAGAGGGAGAAAAGAUCACUUUCUAGCUCUAUUUGCAUCUCACUGUCUGCUCUUAAAAUAUUGAUAAGGGAACUUGAAAAGAUUGAAGCCCAGUUCAGUUUCAAAAAUCCCGCAAGAGGAUUGUUUUCACUUGUUUUCACACCUGCCUCAAAUUUGCCAUGGCCACAAGAAGGGUCUUGGUGACCUCUGUGAGUUUGGUUGCUCCACUUCUCAUCCAGAUCCAGCAGGGCUACAUCUCAACCCUGCCUAAUCUUCCUAGGUGGUCCUUUUUUUCCUCUUACUAAGUUUAUUGGCAAAAUUUAGAGGUGUACAUUGGUCACAUUCAUCAUAGGGAAUCUGUACCUAUGCAUGAUAGAUCUGGACACCCACUUUUUUCCCAUUCACAUCCUCUAUAAUGCAGGUGAUGAUGACAGAGAGGUUCAGUCCUCUGGGGCAGCAUGAGUCACAGGUCUGGCUUCUGGGUGAUGGUUAUGGUCUCUCUCUAGCUGUAUUCUCCAGGGUCCUCUGAUCACAUUCCUGUAGAUCUCUGGUUAACUGCUUCCCCAAACCUUAACCCCAUCUCUCCUCUGUCAAAGUUCUCCUCAAUAACUCUGGAGCAUUUUAUACCACCAGCCAAGUGAGAGCUCACAGAUGAAAUGAAAACUUCCAAAAGCAAGUAGGGAAAACAACUCUAGUACUGAUUCUAAUUUGUUGCUGUGGAUUGAGGUCCCACUGGGAACCAUGACUCUAGAUCAUGCUGACUGUAUCCACACUGGAUUCACUUAAGCUAGUUCUGUAUCCUUCAGCUUUGUCUAACAGCUAGAAAGAGGAACAAAAUUAAAAAUUAAACAAAAGAAGAAGCUGAUGGAUCAUCACAGAUUAAAAAAGGAAGCCUUGUACAGACAUUCCCCCAGUAAGAAAUCAGGGACCAGGUGUGAGUGGCUGGAACAAAGGUACCAGGUAUGUUUCUUGAGUGCUGCCCUCCUGCUUCAACCAGAGCUACAAAUCGUUUUGCUCAUUUCGCCAAGGAAAAGUAAAGGCACCAGAGAGGCCCUACCCCAAACAAGAAGCAGAGGGACUUCAUGUUUUCAACCCAUCCUGCCUGGUCACUUUUUUUCAUUGCCAGCAGUCACAGCCUGAUUUGUCAUCUCUAGCAUUUCUGAUUUAUUUUUCAAGGUCACCCCCAGCCUGAAACAUGACUUCAUUGCACCUGCAGCACUUCAUUGUCCAAAUGUCCUUGGCAAACCUCGAGAUCUUUGGACAGAGUUGCAUUUUCUCCAAACAGGAAAUCCUCUUUCCUUCCCCAAGCUUAAUAAGGCUAUUGCGGAGCACCCGAAUAACACAGCCCUUGUUCCUUAGACAAACUUGGCUCCCUCUAUUAAUAAAACAGCCCCUAGGGCCUGGGCUGGGAGCCGAGCUAGUGCUAAAUUCCCAGUUCAGAAACAGCCCUUCAGCCUGGGUUAGAUUUCUCGGGCAUGGCAGCAUGGGCACGGGUGAGAAGUGCAAGUAUCUUUCUCCAAAAAGUAGCCAUGCACCCAGGAGGCCUGGGACGCCUGAGUUAUGGGCCAGGUGCAAGGCUGGCAGGUAAAUGAAUGCUCGGAUGAGAACUGUGCUCUUCCUCCAGCUGCUUUAGCAGCCCCUAGGGAAACCCUGUGAUGCUUUUUAACAUCUGUCACUGAACACUAAUGUGUUCCUGCCCCUGAGGCAGAUGUCGGGGACUUACCUUCAAGCCAGAAGGAAUUCCCUGACUUCAUACGCGAGUAAACUGAGGCCAAGAUAGGAUAGGCAGCUUGCGCAAGUUCACACAGUCAAUUAGCAAUGGGCUAAGGUUAGAUCUGAUGUGAGUUUUUAAAUUUGUUUUUCUUCAAGAAACCAAUUGAGAAAAAUAGUGAAAUAGAAUAUCUACCAUUUGCCAGAUACUGUGCUAAGGGCUUAACAUAUUUUGUUAAAUCUUUACCAUAGAUUUCACAAUUUUACAGAAAAGAGAAUGCAGGUACAGAAAUUUUUAGUAACAACCCCAAAGUCACACAGCUACUAUAGAAAGCCACCAAAUCUCUUCAGUUAAUUCAAAAUUGCUUGAUUUUUCUACUCAUGAAGCUGCCUCCAUUCAUGUUUAUGAAGCCAUGUGAAUGCAUCUUGGAUUUUAUUAAUAUUCUCACAAAGGGGUCACUGAGGCCACUCUCUCUUUUCUGUCUUUUAAUUAAGAAAGGGGAAUUCUUGCAUUGUUUUGAUUACCUACACUGGAAUUCUCAACCUCGUCACUGGGCAGAGUAAGGAACAUCCAGGUAGCUCUUUCUUUUUCUUUCCUUCAAUUUGGGAGGUAAAAGAGAGGGUCCUCCACAAGCUUGGAGGAGGAGAUAAAGAGCAGAACGAAAACACAAUUUUUCCCACUCCAUCCUUUGGGGACCAUAGGAACCUCUUUCUUUUCCAAUGGAGGAAGAGUAGGAUUUUCCAGAGUCGUGCUACUCCAGCUGAAGUUUUAGCAGAGGCGAGAAGAGGUGGCAUAAGAGAGACUAGGAGGGAGAAACCCCAGAAUAAACGUGGCACAAGCACCCAGAACACUGAUAUAUUCUAGAAUUUGGGAAGACAGUUUUAUAUUAUGAACAUAUUGAAACCAGUACGCAUGGUUGGCAAAUGCAGAAAUCUCAUGAAUUUUUAGGCAAAAAUCAGCAGGCUGCAGACAGAUCUGGACCAGCCCCUCCCAGACUCCCAGAGAGACAAACACCUUCAGGGUGCCCUGCACAGGCAUAUCUGUGAAAUUUUUUGAGAAAUGAAGCUAGAAGAAGACAGGAAAGAAAUUAGUUUUAUUUAUCGUCUGGUUUCUUUGCCUGCUUUCCAUCCCCAGUGGAUGCAGUGAGGGGGUGGGGUCUCAAAGAACAACUGGGCACAAUCUCAGGUCUUUUAGCUACUUUGGGGGAUUUAGAAAGAAAUCCUUACUUAGUGACUUGGUGGUUUUAGUGCCAGGCCAAAAUUUCAGAAAUGAUCCUCUUUUUCAUUGUUGUUAAACAAUGCUUACAUAAAGAAGAAUGAAUCUUUCCAUGAAAAACUCUGCCUUUUGCGGUCCCUUUCCAGGGCAGGGGUUGCUUGGACAGUAGUGACAACCAUAUGUGAGAGGCAGUGAACACCAGGAUCCUGCAGAAAUGUCAGUCAACUAAACACGCCUGUACCAGCUCCUUCCCACCUGUCCCCUCUGAGGCCUCGCCUUACAGCAGGGUCUCACCAACCUCUAAGGGUCAGACUCUAUCUGAGUCUGUUCUUAACCUGUCAGCUCCUCCUGUCACUUACACACUUCAGCUACUCCAAACUCCAUUCCCUCCAGGCCCACAGGAAUUCCCAGGUACCCUACACAAGCCAUGUGACUCUAAGAGAGGUCAGUACCUGGAGCUCUAGGCAGCUGAAACUCACCCUGGUGGAAUCUAGAUUGCUGUUCUGAGAAUUCAUAAACACCAAAUCCUCCAAUCUCUCUAAAUUUGAGUUUGUCGUUUUAACCUUUAACAGCCUUUUCAGGUAAAAACAUAAUAAUAAUAAUAAUAAUAACAAUAAUAAUAACAAAGACUGACUUUGUAGCUACAACGUACUUGAAAAAGCACUUACUUUAAACGGAGUCUGAAAGGAAAAAAAAACAAGAGUACAGACUCCUCAGGUUAUGCUCACUUUAAUGACCUAAAAGAAAACCACACAGAGCAAGAGAGGGAAAAUCAACCUGCCCCACCCUUUCAUGGCACUGUAGCUCGAAGACUGGAAUCUCUGCUUGUUAACCAUUGUUAACUAGUAUUUUUAGUCCUGGUUGCUUUUAGCCUCUGUAUAGUUCCUUUUUUAAACACAUUUUCUAUACGUUAAUAAAAGAUCCUGAAGGAAA